AUGCUCUCCGUCGCCGUCGACGACGACGACUUCCACACCAUGUCCCCACUUCCCUCUCCCGCCCUCAACGGCGCCCACAGCGACACCGACAGCACCAUGCAGAUGGACUCUGACAUCGACGUCCAGAGACUUCCCGACCCUGACGCAGACGGCGAGGAGGUCGAUGUCGACGAUGCUCCCCACCUUUCCAACAAAAAUGCAAGUGCGUCCUCAUCUUACCUCGCCAAGCGUGCCGUCAAGGACGAAGAUGACUCGGGUUAUGAAGAUGACCCCGAUGACGAUGCCGACAACGAAGACGAGGACGCGUCGUACGCCGACGAGGAGUACGGUGCCUCGUCUUCAAAGAAGAAGGCACCCAAGAAGAAGAAGAAAGCUCCCUCGAAGCCAAGAGUGGUGGCCCGCCACUCUGCUUCGGACUCCGACUCGGAUUAUGGCUCUCGCUCAAAGAAAAAGAAGAAGCCUCGUCUAACUGCAGACGAACUCCGCGUAUCGUCUCGUAAUGGCAAGACUCCCAACUACGUCGAUGACUUUCAAGACUUCGAGCAGUUCGAGGAUGACGUUGAUCCUGGCACCUACGUUGACGCCACGGCCACCUUCAAGGAGGAGGACGAGAUCGAGUCCGUCCUUGGACACACCAGAGACGAAGGGCACGAAGGUGAUCCCGAAGACAACUGGUAUAGCAACAUCCGAUUCCACAUUAAGUGGAAGAAUUUCUCGCAUUUACACAACACCGACGAGACAUACGAGUUUUUGAAGCGUUUCCGAGGCCUAAAGCGCGUAGACAAUUAUAUCAAGCAGUGGAAGGUGUAUCAAGAACGCCUUGCCUCUCCUGACCUCUCCCAGGAGGACAAGGAAGUGCUUCUCCUGGACAAGGAGCGCGAGAAGGAGGAGUUUGAGACUUACAAGACUAUAGAACGAAUCAUCGCCCACCGCGAGACGGACACGAAGCAGACAGAAUACUUCUGCAAGUGGAACAUUCUAAACUAUGAGCACUGUACCUGGGAAACGCUGGAGGAGAUCAGGCCCAUUGCGAAGGAACAGAUCGACGCGUACAGGCGUAGGGAACUCGAGGCGAAGUUUCCCUUCAAGAGUGCUGUCCAUUCCAGGUACCAACGACCAACAUUCAAGAAGAUCAAAGAGGACCCGGAGUACCUCGCUGUGACAGGUGGCGAGCUAAAAGAUUUCCAGCUUACUGGGCUCAAUUGGCUGGCCUACCUGUGGAGCAAGGGUGAGAACGGUAUCCUCGCCGACGAGAUGGGUCUUGGAAAGACAGUCCAGACUGUCGCUUUCCUCUCAUAUCUCUUCCACGAGCUGCGUCAGUACGGCCCAUUCCUCGUUAUCGUCCCUCUCUCCACCAUCACUGCGUGGCAGUUGCAGUUUGCAACAUGGGCACCGGACCUAAACGUGAUCACAUACAUCGGCACAGCAGCUUCGCGGGACGUGAUCCGGAAUUACGAGUUCGGCGCGUCUAACAAGAAGCUCAAGAUGAACGUUCUGCUCACGACGUAUGAGAUCACACUGCGGGACUCGAAGGGGCUCGGUGACAUCAAGUGGCAGGUUCUGGCUGUCGACGAGGCACAUCGCCUGAAGAACUCAGAAAGCCAGCUGUACGAGGCGCUCUCAUCGUUUUCCGCCGCCUCGAAGCUGCUCAUCACGGGCACGCCGCUACAGAACAACGUUAAGGAACUUCUCUCGCUCAUGCACUUCCUCAUGCCCGAGAAAUUCCAGCUCACCAACGAGUUCGACCUUACUGAUGUCGACCACGAAGAGAAGAUCAAGGAGCUGCACAAGCAGCUGGAGGCGCUCAUGUUGCGCCGCCUGAAGCGCGACGUGUUGACGUCUCUACCAACCAAGAGCGAGCGCAUUCUGCGUGUCGAGAUGAGUGCCCUGCAGACGCACUUCUACAAGAACAUUCUCACGAAGAACUUCCAAGGGUUGGUCAAGAGCUCGAACGGCAAUAACAACAUCAGUCUGCUCAACAUCGCUAUGGAGCUGAAGAAAGCGGCUAACCACCCGUAUCUCUUUGACGGUGCCGAGACGCGCACAGACAAUUCCGAAGAGACACUGAAAGGACUUGUGAUGAAUAGCGGGAAGAUGGUGCUUCUCGACAAGCUACUAGCGCGUCUGCGCGCAGACGGUCAUAGGGUCCUUAUCUUCAGCCAGAUGGUUCGGAUGCUGGACAUCCUUAGCGACUACAUGAGUCUCCGAGGAUACCAGCACCAGCGCCUGGACGGGAUGGUUUCGUCCGAUGCGCGGAAGAAGUCGAUCGCACACUUUAACGCGCCUGGUUCGCCUGACUUUGCGUUCCUGUUGUCGACGCGCGCUGGAGGGUUGGGCAUCAACCUAGAGACGGCCAACACUGUGAUCAUCUUUGAUAGCGACUGGAAUCCACAGAACGACCUGCAGGCGAUGGCACGUGCGCAUCGUAUCGGGCAGAAGUCGCAUGUCAGCGUUUACAGGUUCGUGAGCAAGGACACCAUGGAGGAGGAUGUCCUCGAGCGUGCCAAGAAGAAGAUGGUGUUAGAAUAUGCUAUCAUCAACCAGAUGGACACGACCCAAGCGCACCUAAGCUCGAAGGCGAAUAUCCAGACAAAAGACACGGGGAAGACCAACGACUUAAGUAAGGACGAGCUCCACGCCGUGUUGAAGUAUGGUGCGCAGAAGAUUUUCGACAAAGAUGACAACCAGCAGAACAAGAAGCUAGACGAGAUGGAUCUGGACGAUAUACUGAACCGCGCGGAGCACCACGAGACGAUGGAUGCCACCGGUGAGAGCGCAUCUCUCGGCGGCGAGGGCUUCCUGGCCCAGUUCGCGAAUGUCAGCGACGUGAAGAACGACAUGAAUUGGGAAGACAUCAUCCCGCUGGAGGAGCGGCAGCGAUUCGAGCGCGCAGAGGAUCAGCGGAAGGUGGAGGAGAUUGCUGUUCAGGCAAAAGACCGGAAGCGUACACAUGCUGCGGUCUCCUACGAGGGUAUGGACAUGGAACACCCUAGCCACGCGCCACCGGCUAAGAAGGCGAAGAACGCGGCUCCACAACGCAAGACCGGUGCCCAGAAGGCGAUGGAGCUGAAGGAGCGGGAUGUUCGUGUACUGAUCCGCAGCUUGCAGCGGUGGGGAGACAUGGAACAGAGGUUCGAUAUCAUUGUCACGGAAGCCAAGUUGCAAGACAAGAACACAGAUUUGUUGAAGGACACCGCUAGAGACAUCAUCGCACUGUGUGAGAGAGCAGUUAAGGAGAACGAAGCGGAGAAGCGAGCCCGCAUCGAGGCCGGCGAAACAUUGACCAACGCACAGAAGAGCAAGGCUGUUCUGGUCACUUAUCAGAACGUCGGCAACAUCAAUGCAGAGACAGUCCUCUCCCGUCAUCGCGACUUGCAGAUUCUGUUCCAGUGCUUGGAUCCCUUGAGCGACGACGUCUACAACUGGUCAUUACCCAUGGAGAACAUCCGGCCAACCCUUAAUUGGUCAGGUCGAUGGGGCCCUCAGGAUGACUCGAUGCUCCUGGUCGGUGCGUACCUCUACGGCUUUGGCAACUGGGAAACGAUGGCGAAGGAUCCGAAACUUGGCCUUGAGGGGAAGUUCUUCCUCGAGGAAGGCAAGAAGGGUGAGGAUACGGCGAGCAAGCCCAUCCCGAAUGCCAUCCACCUCGUCCGUCGAGGUGACUUCCUGCUGAGCCAGCUCCGAGAGUGGGUUGAGAAAAUCCGUGCGGUAGAGAUGAAGGUAAAUCGUGCGGGCGCCCAUAGCGUGCACUUGUCGGUAUCUCCGCCGCCUCUUCCCGUGUCUGCUACGUACACUCAUGGCUUGAAACGGCGUGCGGAGAGCGAGGCUGUUGCGUCGAUCGAUGAAGGGAGCACGAAGAGACGGAAACGGCGGCCAACGCCCACGUUCACCGAUUCGGAGUCUUCAGACGAGUGUCCGUCCAUGGAUGAGGAUGCGACGAAGGAGUUGCUACGCCCCGUGAAGAGACAGCUUAAAAACUUGAAGUUGUCUGGCAGCGACAUCCCGAGAGACGAUAAGGUUGCCAUACUUAAAGAGUCGCUUGCUGCCAUUGGCAAGCGCAUAGAGUCGAUACUUGCUCAGAAGCAUGCAGCUGGGGAAGAUCGAGAUCGAUGGCGCAGACAUCUGUGGACAUUCGUCACGUUCUUCUGGCCUAAGAGGGUGAAAGCGACCAAGUUGGAAGAGAUACAUGCAAAGAUGGUGAUCAAAGAGGGUGCUCCCCGAGCAUCCUCGAUGGAUGGUCCCAGCGCACCCAAGAAGCCUCGAGUCAGCACCAGCGCCAGUGGCGCUCGCAGCAGCGGCGCGUCGCUCCCCUCAGCUUCAACAGUCUCGUCGCAUACAAAUGGGAAGUACCGGUGA